AUGUCACAAGUUAGAGCUUGUUAUGAUUUUGAUGCACAACCAGGAAGCGGUGAGUUGUCAAUUAAGGAAAAUGAAAUUUUAACUGUUAUUCGUGAAAAAAUUGAAGGAGGAUGGAUGGAAGGAAGAAAUAGUGAGGGAAAACAUGGAUUAUUCCCUGAAUCAUAUGUCGUUAAAAUUCAACCAUUAACCACAACAGCUAUUUCAUCUCCUGUUCAAUUACCAAGUGUACCAGUUCAAGAACUACCUGCACCUCCAAGUCUUUAUGAUAGCUCAUGGGAAAAUCCAUCUAUAGCAGCACCGUUACCACAAUCAUUACCAACAAUUUAUCCUAAUCUUCAAAAUUUAUCACAAACACAACCACAAAAUAAUUCUCAAAUUCUUCCAACUACAAGACCACAGGUAUUUCAAAAUACUUCAAACAAUGAUACAAACAACCAGUACGAUGACUUUUAUGAUGAAUGGACAGAUGAAGAAGAUGAUACAGGAGACAAUGCACCAGGAAGUUCAAAUCUUGGAGUAAAUAGUUCUAUGAAUCGUCUUGCUGUUUCAAGAUCGAAAUCAGCUGGUACUGAUGUUACUGGUGGAACAAAUAAACAAGGAACAGCUAAAAUGAAACAAAUUAAUCGGUUUUCAAAUUUCGUUAAAUCAGGAAUGGAAAGUUAUAUUUUAGGUCAAUCUAAGGUUGAAUAUCGUCCAAGAUAUUCAAUUGUAAAGAAAGGAGAUACCAUUGAAUGGGUUCGUGAAAAACCAUUCAUUGAUAUUACUGUUGAAGAUCCAAAAAAAGAAUCUAAAUUAAAAGGAUUAAAAAGUUAUAUUGCUUAUCAAUUAACUAAUUCAGCAAAUAAUGGUCAUGUUUCAAGAAGAUAUAAACAUUUUGAUUGGUUACAUGAACAACUUUCAACAAAAUAUUUGCUUAUCCCAAUUCCUCCUCUUCCAGAAAAACAAGUAUCAGGAAGAUAUGAGGAAGAUCUUAUUGAGCAUCGCAAAAACAUCCUACAAUUAUGGGUUAAAAAAAUUUGUGCUCAUCCAAUAUUAUCUAGUUCAGAUGUAUGGAAUCAUUUUAUAUUUUGUAAUGAUGAAAAAGAAUGGAAAGCUGGGAAACGCCUUUCUGAGAGAGAUGAAUAUGUUGGUGGAAAUUUUUUUAUGAAUCUUGCUGUUCCUGAUCAAGUUAUAAAUCUUGCUGACCUUGAUAGACAAACAGAACUUUUUACCCGUUCAUCUAAAUUUAUUGAUGAAAGUAUUAAAAUUUUGUAUGAUAAAUUAUUUGAAACACAAAAAAGAAUGGCUGGACCGUAUAAAGCUAACUUUAAAAAAUUAUCUGAUGCUUUUGAUGCACUUUAUAUUGCAUUCGAAGUUGAUACAUCACAAAAAAAUCGUUCCCUUUCAACAGCCAUUAAAGAAUCAUCAAGAAUAUUGAGUAAAAUUGGUGAUGAUCAUGAAAUUCAUGCAAAAAAGAAUAUUGAAAUAACUCUUGAUUGGUUAUAUACAUAUAAAGGAAUUUUAUCAUCUAUACCAGAUAUAAUAAAUGUUCACAAAUCAUGUCUUAAUAAAAUGAAAGAAAAUGAACGUUUACUUGAUGAAGGUAAAGUUACCACACAUCAAGCUAAAAUGGUUCAAAGACAUGUUGAUACAACAAGUUAUGCUUUAUUAGCUGAAAUAAAUCACUUAACAAAUGAGAGAACUAAAGAUUUUAGUCAUAUGUUAGAAUUAUUUUUUUCACAACAAGCUGAGUUUUAUAAGAAUAUUGGUCAGCAAUUUGAAACACUUUCUAAAAAAUUUAAAAAAUAA